GUGACCUUUGGAAGCAAAUUUUUGAAGAUUGUACGCGUACUGGUAUUACACCAAAGUGAUUUGUUCAGCCACACUUUUAUACCAAGCCAAGUUACUACCAGGUUUCAAUUAAUGCAAGUGAUACGAAAGCUUUUGCUAUCAGUUGCAAUUACGCCUGAUACCUGCUUGGAGAGAUUUUUCAGUCUUUCUUCAGCGAGGUUUGUGAUCAGUAGUGUACUGAUCGCCAAGCAGCAUAAAUCUAUUUCAAUUAUAAACACUUUUAGCAUAACACGUUAAUCAUGAUUUCGUUGACGGAGUUGAAAAAACUCACAAUUGUGCAUUUAGGCAUAGCCGUAACCUUCUUCAUAUCAGGUUUGGUGAUAAAUUUGGUGCAGCUAAUAUUGUAUAUCGCUUUGAAACCCUUCAACGUCGUGCUCUUCAGACACAUCAUGUACUAUCUCUGUUAUUCACUGUACUCUCAGUUGAUAUUCAUUGCUGACUGGUACUCAAAUAGUAAACUACAUUUGUACAUCGAUCCAGAGGAAUUAGAAAAAUUCUGUGGUGAGGAGCAUGCUAUGAUUAUACAGAAUCAUUCAUAUGAAAUUGAUUGGCUAUGCGGUUGGAUGUUUGCCGACAAAGUACAUUGUUUAGGCAAUUGCAAAGCAUAUGCAAAGAAAGCUAUUUCUUAUGUGCCUGUAAUGGGUUGGGCAUGGAAAUUCGCUGAAUUUGUAUUUCUGGAACGUUCGUACGAAAAGGACAUUGAGAUAAUUUCACGUCAAUUAAAAGAGGUAUUUGCUUAUCCUGAUCCCAUAUGGCUGCUGCUCAAUGCUGAGGGUACACGUUUCACACCAAAGAAACAUGAAGCUUCCGUUAAAUUCGCUGAGGAACGUGGUUUACCUGUAUUGAAACACCAUUUGAUACCACGUACAAAAGGUUUUACGACAAGCCUACCAAGCAUGCGUGGUCGCUGUCCCGCCAUUUAUUGCACUACUUUGGCCUUCAGAAAGGAAGACAAGAAUGCACCGACUAUUUCCACACUGCUCAACGGAUACUCGGUCGAAGGUCAUUUGUAUGCACGUCGUAUUCCAGUAGAGAGUGUGCCGGAAAAUGAAAAGGAGGCGGCUGAAUGGUUACACAAUUUGUAUCGCGAGAAGGAUCGUUUGGUCGACAGCUUCCACACAACUGGCAAUUUCUUUGAUGCUUCUGGCUUUAAGGAGGUGCCCGUUACUGUUUUAAAAUAUCGCCCAUGCAGUUUAAUCAACUUUGCUCUCUGGGCUGUAUUUUCGAUAUCGCUUAUACUCUAUUAUUUGAUAUCUUCACUUUUAUCACAAAAUUGGAUCGGUCUUUCGAUUGCUGUGGGAAUACUUGUGGCAUUCUACAUACUAAUGGUUAAGUCAAUCAAUAUGUCGAAAAUCAGCAAAGCUUCAUCCUAUGGUUCGGAAUCGAAAGCGGAUGCAAAGACAAAGUAAUUGCUCUGAGCUUGCAUGCUUAUACAUACACAUGUACGUGUAUCUCUGCGAGCGAUUUUACAAAUUACAAGUUUUAAGAACAUGAGAACGUAUGUAUAUAGCCAUAAAUUUACUUUCGUAAUACGAGUAUGAGCAGUGUGUUUGUUUCUGAAAUUUGAUGAGGUAAAAGGGGACAAAGUACAACAGAAUUUUUAAUUCGUGUUCCCCAUUACCUGCACUACAUGUAAAAGUGUACAUACAGACAUGUACUUACCAGUAAUGUUAGUGGACAGCCAAUCACUAUUAUUUAACAUCGGGAUCAUAAAUAAUUAAUGCUGACUGAUAAACAGCAUUAAUUUGUUGUGUGUAGGCUUUAAACCAUUGGACAAUGAGCGUCAAUAUUUCGAUUUAUACUGUGGUUGCCGAAAAACAUGUUAAAAAUCGUAACAUUUAUAUAGCUUUAGAAAUCGACCAAAACUGUGUAAAUUGACUAUAUUUCCAUUUUCGAAUACUUUUACAUACAUACAUACAUAUGUAUAUAAACGGACUAAUUAGAAAAGCACGUACGAGCACCUGUUCAUUGUUUAGACUGCUGAAUGAUAUUGAAAUAAAGCGUAAAGAUGCGUGUUUUAAGCUUAAA